CUAGCUCCCCGCCCGGCUCGCGACGCAGAGGCCGGUGAGGCGCCGGCGGCUACGCCGCGGAGGGCGCGGAGCGGGCUAGCAGAGCCGGGCGUUGGGGCCCGCGCGCGCAUGGAGCCAGCGCCGGCGGCCGCCUGAGGGCAGCAGGGCGAGCGGAACCGGCGACCUCGCGCAUCCCUCAAGCCGCCGGGCGCCCAGGGCACCGGGCGGCAACGGGCCGCGCAGCCGGCGCGGCCAUGGCGACCGGCACUCAGCAGAAGGAGAACACGCUGCUUCACCUCUUCGCCGGCGGGUGUGGGGGCACAGUUGGUGCUAUUUUCACUUGUCCACUAGAAGUCAUUAAGACGAGGUUGCAGUCUUCGAAGUUAGCUCUCCGGACAGUCUAUUAUCCUCAGGUUCAUCUGGGGACCAUUAGUGGAGCUGGAAUGGUGAGACCAACAUCUGUGACACCUGGACUCUUUCAGGUUCUGAAGUCAAUCUUGGAGAAGGAGGGACCAAAGUCACUUUUUAGAGGCUUGGGUCCAAAUUUGGUUGGAGUUGCACCAUCAAGGGCUGUGUACUUUGCGUGUUACUCCAAAGCCAAAGAGCAAUUUAAUGGCAUUUUCGUGCCUAAUAGCAAUACUGUGCAUAUUUUCUCAGCUGGCUUGGCAGCUUUUAUCACAAAUUCCUUAAUGAAUCCUAUAUGGAUGGUUAAAACCAGGAUGCAGCUAGAACUGAAGGUGAGGGGCUCCAAGCAGAUGAACACGCUCCAGUGCGCUCGUUACGUCUACCAGACGGAGGGCAUCCGUGGCUUCUAUAGAGGAUUAACUGCCUCUUAUGCUGGAAUUUCAGAAACUAUAAUCUGUUUUGCUAUUUAUGAAAGUUUAAAAAAAUAUCUGAAGGAAGCUCCAUUAGCCUCUUCUGCGAAUGGGACUGAGAAAAAUUCCACAAAUUUUUUUGGACUCAUGGCAGCUGCUGCUAUUUCUAAGGGAUGUGCCUCCUGUAUUGCUUAUCCACACGAAGUCAUAAGGACACGGCUCCGUGAGGAGGGCACCAAGUACAAGUCUUUCAUCCAGACAGCGCGCCUGGUGUUCCGGGAAGAAGGUUACCUUGCUUUUUACAGAGGACUCUUUGCCCAGCUCAUCCGGCAGAUCCCAAAUACUGCCAUUGUGUUGUCUACCUAUGAGUUAAUUGUGUACCUGUUAGAAGAUCAUACUCAGUAACAGGCACAGAAAAUUGUGCUCUAGAAGAAUAAAACUGAAAAACUCAAGAAAAAAGAGAAUUUUUUUCCAUUGAUGUUUAGAAUGUUUGAGACUGAAACAGGGAAGGCCAUAAAAUAUCUGGUCAUAUCACCUGUUGGACAUUUCCUUUUGGAUUCGUGCUUUCUGGAAGGUUUCGAUUCAUUAACGUUAAUAGUUAAUUAUAACCUUUUUUUUUUAACUUAAGAGGAUUCAGGAUUAAGCAGCAACUAAAUUAAAUCAUGCUAUUUAAUUUAAGUAUA